CACCCUGGAGCCGGGAGGGGCAGGCGCCCCGGGUGGACCCCCGGCUGGAGAGGAGGGGUCCCUGGAGCCGGGGCCGGGGCAGUUCUCCAGGCGCCGGCUCUCAGGUCCUCUUCGCGGGCGCUCGCGGCCAGCGUCGCCGGGGGUGGAGCGCGGCCCUGCCCCAUCCUGCCCGUUCGGUGGGGCUCCGCAGUGCGUCUCCACGCCGAGUGUGGAGGCCGCACGGCCCGGCGCGCGUCUGUGGGCGCGGGUGCCCCGCGCGCCCCUCCCGGCGCCCCCGGCCCGCUCGCGGAGGCCGCCCCGAGCGGAGCUUUGUGACGUCAGGCGGCCGGCGGGCGGCGUCACGCGCGGGGCUGACCCGGCGCGGGGCGGGGGCCGGGCCGGGACGCGGAGCAUGGAGCCGCGGGCCGGCUGCCGGCUGCCCGUGCGGGUGGAGCAGGUCGUCAACGGCGCGCUGCUGGUCACCGUGAGCUGCGGCGAGCGCAGCUUCGCCGGGAUCCUGCUGGACUGCACGAAAAAGUCCGGCCUCUUCGGCCUGCCCCCGUCGGCUCCGCUGCCCCAGGCCCAGGACCCGCCUGUCAACGGCUGCCACGGGCCGGCCCCCACGGAGGGGGACACAGAGGCGAUGCAGCUGGGGACAGGCCCCCCGCCACCUCCCAGUGGGGACCAGGCCCCUGAGACCGCCAGCCCCGAGCCGCCCCCGCUGCCCGCCGGAAGCCUGCCCCCGUUCCCGCCCUAUUUUGAAGGUGCCCCCUUCCCUCCCCCGCUCUGGCUGAGGAACACGUACCGGCAGUGGGUGCCGCAGCCGCCCCCCCGGGGCAUCAAGAGGACACGCAGGCGCCUGUCCCGCAACCGCGACCCUGGCCACCUGGCCCUGAGCCCCAUCCGCCUGCGGCCCCGCCAGGUGCUCUGUGAGAAGUGCAAGAGCACCCUGAGCCCCCCGGAGGCCAGCCCCGGUCCCCCGGCCACCCCCCGGCCGCGCAGGGAGCCCCGAAAGCCCGAGGACCCCGACGGUGUAGGCGACGCCACCGCCAAGAGGAGCAAGAGGGAGAGGUGGCAGGAGGCGCGGGCCCGGGUCCCCCGGAGCCCGGUCAUCAAGAUCUCCUACAGCACGCCCCAGGGCACCGGCGAGGUGGUGGAGAUCCCCUCCCGCGUGCACGGCUCCCUGGAGCCCUUCUGCCCCCCGCAGGCCCCGCCCGGAGGCCCGGACCCCGAGGUGCCCAGGGACAGGCCACCCGCCGGGGCCCCCGCCUCCAUCCCCAAGCUGAAGCUGACGCGGCCCCUGCCCCCCAGCGCUGCCCCGCCGCCCCCCAAGAUCCGCCUGAAGCCCCACCGCCCGGGGGCUGGCGAGCAGGAGCCCGUCUACAGGGCCGAGCUGGUGGAAGAGCUCAAGGGCUGUGGUCGCGGCCCCCGGGCUGGCUCGCCCGCACCCCUGGCUGACGGCUCUGCCCGCUCCGGGCUGGCGGACUCGUCUUCUGGAAGUUCCGGCGAGGACGACGACUGCAAAGGGUGUCCCCGAGGUGAACACGGGCGUGACGGCCUGGCUUUUCUCGCCGCCUGCCCCCGGAGAACUGGCUGUGCCAGCGUGUCGGUGUGGAGCAGCGACAGCCUGGACGAGUCCAAAUCGUCCAGCUCAGAAGUGACGUCACCAGACAUGUGUGACCUCUCGUCCGGCGACGGUGCGUCUGUGCCGGCCUCGUCCAAGGAUGCGCGGCCGACGGUCCCACCGCUGACGGUCAGGCUGCACACGCAGAGCGUCUCCAAGUGCGUUACCGAGGACGGAAGGACCGUGGCCGUAGGGGACAUCGUGUGGGGUAAGGUUCAUGGUUUUCCUUGGUGGCCAGCACGUGUCUUGGACAUCAGUCUUAGCCAGAAGGAGGACGGGGAGCCCUCCUGGCAAGAAGCGAAAGUCUCAUGGUUUGGUUCUCCAACUACAUCGUUCUUGUCUAUUUCAAAACUCUCCCCUUUCUCUGAAUUUUUCAAACUGAGAUUUAACCGUAAGAAGAAGGGGAUGUAUCGGAAAGCUAUAACAGAGGCUGCCAAUGCCGCCCAACACGUGGCCCCGGAAAUAAGGGAGCUCUUAACCCAGUUUGAAACGUAACUCGGGUUCCGACCAGGUCACAGACAAUGAGGGCAUGGCUAUUCCCCUGCAGCUCCUGACUUCAGGGGUGUCCUCCGCACCCCCGCUCCGUCCCAGGACCCUGCAAGCCUUCUGGCCGGCUGUGCGCAGAGACCUGGCCCGCGGGGUCAGCCUGGUUCGAGGCCUCCGGGGGCAGCAGGUGCGUCUGGCCACGAGGACAGACCCCCGGAGCACUGCGACUCCUCUUGGCCAAAUGUAUUUAUUCCCCCGACGCAGACUUUAGCUUUUCUGGUUUGUGAAGAGCCAGAGCCCAGCAGCAAGGGUGGCCUCCGGGGUCAGGGCGCCCAGGGGAGCAGGGCCGCCUCACCUCCCUGCUGGCUUCGGGACAACCCAGCCCCGGGCGCACGGGGUCUCUGUGCGCUUGACAACCGGCCGCCUCCCCAUCCCCGUCCCCCUCCGUGUUCGUCCAGAGCGUGGGUCCUGCUGGGCUCCCCGCACCAGCCCCAGGGCUGCCCUGUCCCCCCGUCCCGUGCGGGGGUGAUGUAGUCAGACUUCAACGUGAGAAGGAUAAGAACCUCGCCUGUUCUUUGUAAGAGGGCGUUCCGUACCCCUUUGUGUCACUCUGAAGACCAAAAAGCAAAAAGAAAGGUAAAGAAAAUGAGUUCUGCUCUUGGUUUAAAUGUAAGAGAACAAAGAGGUGUGCGAGGAAGUCACCCUGGCUCGGGCGCAUCUGUGGUGCUGGGGGACCCUGGGGCAGCGCUUAUCGCGUGGACAGUGCGGCUUUGGGGACGGGUCGCUUGCGGUCCUCCUUGCCCGUGGGCCGGGUCGUUGUUCUGGCUGCUGCCGCACCUCGUCCGGCCCCCCUCAGGGCUUUCUCGCUGGCACGACUUUCCCAGGCAGGACGACAUCUCAGGAGGUGGAGAGUUUUGCUCUGGUUUCUCCCUGUGAAACCUCGACCCCCUGGUUUCCUGGUCGGCUCCUUCAGAGCCGAGGGACAUCCCAGAGGGGACGGUGGUGCCUCUGCCUGUUCCUGGCUUCACUAGAACAUUUGGGGUGUCCCCGCACCCAGCAGGACCUGCUCCUGGCCAGGCCAGAGGUCCUCUCCAGGAUGGAAGAGGGGUGGGACUCCCCUCCCCGUGGGGCCUGGGGUCCUGGGCCUGACUCUUGGGUGCGGGUAGCGGGAAGACGGUGGUUUUCAAACAUUUGGAGCAUCAGAGCCCUUUUCUCAAACAGAAUCUUACCAGAAUAAACCCCCUAGGAGGAGCUCUUCUGGUCCAGGCCCUCCCACCCUGAGACCCCCCCAGAGGAGGCAGGGGCAACCUUGCAUGAGUCCAGGAGGGCAGAGAGGGCGUGCAAUCCUUCGCCUGCCCUCCCCAACCCAGGGAGCCCCCUUAUGCCCCUGCCCUGAGGGUCCAGCAGAGCCAAGGCCCCGACUUGGGGCAGGGCAGCCUGGCCUCCGUGUGCAGGCCAGAGGGGCCGUCCAGACCCUCUGCGCCCGCGGUUGCCCAGAGCUGUUCCCCACCGCAAGCCCCGCUCUGCGGCCUUGGUCCUAGACGGCUCCCUUGGGGGCCAGGGGCUGCCAUGCCCACCUUGAGGGAGACGCGGCUGCCCUGGGGUGAGGCUUGGACUUGGGGAGGAGGUGCCGACCGCGCAGAGAGACAGGGCGUUCUCUGUAAGCGAGGCACUGCUCCGUGGAGAAACGCAUGCCUCAGAGUGACCGGGACCCCGGUCCCCCGAGAUGGCAGCCUGCCCUGGGCACGUUCACUCCUGACUACCGGCCUGGCUCUCCCAGCCCGGGUCUCCCAGCCCCUCCCUGCAGGCCAGCGCAGCAGGACCAGCCCCAAGGUCAAGUGCGAGGACGGCCACCAGCACAUGGGGCUUUGGAGCCCCACAGACAGACGGGGGACCGCCUCUACAGGAGACACAGGCAGUCCCUUGCCCUGGAGUCGUCCCUGGACCGUCCCAGGCCAGCGCCCUCUAUGGUCCAGCUGGGCCCGGCCCUGAUAUGACCCUCAGGCCUGCAGGCUCCCCGGUCCCUUGACCACCCUGCUCCUGAUGACCUGAUGCCGCCUGGUCCUGCUCUGGGCACUCUCCUGCCCUGGGCUGGGGGCCUCUCCAUGCCAUGGCCCCAAGGCUCCCCUCCAGCCACCCACUGCUCAGACACCCAGGGCACCCAGGAUGGGGCUGCCCCCACUGAAGCCUUCAGGAGGGCGGCUAGGCCGGAGGGGCUAAAGGGGAGCCAAGUCCUGGCCAUUCCUGCCCCAGGUCUUUAUACACCCCUGCCAGCUGGGGUGCACUGUCCCCUGGGACAGACAGCAGUUCUAAUUGAAAGGGAAGGCAGCCUUUUUUUUUCUUCAGUCUUUGUGACUGUUUCUUUAAGCAGCAAAUUGAUCAUGUUUUCUUGGCAGUUUGAUUUCAUUGCAUCUCACCACGCCCUUCUGUGUGACUGUCAUUCUUCUCAGGACCCAGGAGGUAGGACCCUCACCAAGAGCUGGCCCCCCAGACCUGGGUUGAUGGCUGGCCCCUGGUGAUAUCUGGGAUGCCACGGUGAUGUCCGACCCUCAGCUCCUUCCCCCCACCGGCCGCCCCCCCCAGAGGCUGGGCACAGUGGCUGUAGGAAGGGAGUGGGCCUCCAGGGGAGUGGGCACCUUGGGGGGGGGUGGGAAAAGCUCAGUGGAGCAGGAAGGCCCCUGCCAUUCUGGAAGGGGCUGGGGAGGGGUCCUCUCAACAGAGGGACCCCACAAGCACAUCCCAGGCAGGAGGAGCCGGUGUGCUCAGGAGGGGAAGGGCAGGGAGGCCGGGCUGUCAGCGGAGCCGAGGGAGCCGUCCGGGGCCCUCCUGACUGUGGGUCCCAGCUUCCCACGGGUCUCCCUACGGGAGCUCGUCUGCUCCGAGAACAGAGCCGGCCGGGCCUCCCUCGUGUCCCUGUGGGGAGGGUUCUGACCCCUUAGCCUUCCAGGGGACCGGGGUGGGCCCCGUGGGGAGCCCUCACCCCACCCCCCGUGGCCUUCCAGCCUCCAGCCCCACAGGUCCCUGCAGGCACCCAGCAAGUGCUCGCCCACCCGGUCACACGACCCUGCUCCCCAUGGGGCUGGCCGCCCGCCCGCCCCCCGCCCCUUGGCCAGCUGUCCUCACCUUUGCUGUGGAGCAGGCUGGCCGGCGGAGGACAGCAGGCUGGAAGGCGACAAGUGUGCAGGGCACGUGACUGGCUUUCUGUCACCCUCCCAGCCCCGUUCCUCCAGGGGAUGGGGCCUCGCACCCCCUCCCAGCUGCGGCGGGGGGCAGGGGCUGGCGUGGCCGGUGCGGGGGGAGAGCACCCUCCUCCCUCUCACUGCCCGUUCGAGGUCCUCCAGCCAGGUGGCCCGCUUCGGCCAGUCCGCUCCGUCCCGGAGGCCCGAGCCCCCGACCCCCGAUCCACGGUCUUCAGAAGCCAGGGCAGCCAAGGAGGCACGCACUGCGGGGAUAGGGCCCACGUGGGGUCCUAGGUCUGGAGUCCGGGGUCUCCUUAGCGUGGCCACUUCCAGGCUGAACCCACAUCAAGGAGAAGGAAGGUAGAGGGACACAGGACACGGCCCAUGGUGGCCUAGCUCCCCCCGACACCCUGGGGUGACGGCUUACUUUUGGACUUGCGGUGUCCGUCUAGAAGGAGCCAUCGGGCGGAGGGGCUCCGAUUGGGUGGCGGCCCAAGGAGGUGGUGGAGGUGGGUCUAGGGGCUGGAGGGGCUUCCCCUGGGAUAGAAGGGCAGCCCCCAGAUGGAGGAGCUGCUGAGCAGCUGGCCAGAGGGCAUGAAGCCUGGCAGGUCCCCUCUGGUCUCCCACACCAGCACCACUCUUUUAGUUUCCAUGGAAGCCUGGGGCUGGGAGGACCACCGCUAUCCCGUUGCUCAGAUGGGGGCACCAAGGCCCCGAGACCGCACCGCCAGGCCAGGGUGAGGCUGAAGGGGUCCGGGACUUGUCCUCGGGGGGGGCAGCCCCUGCUCACCCUGCCGCCCACCAGGGAGGUCAACGUCUUCUUCAGCUCUCGGAACUCCAUGGGGUGUGCGACCUGCCUAUACCAGGCAGUGUGAUUCUAGACAUGGGCCUGGACCCCAGGGAGGCCUGGGCUUCCAGGUGGGGGCCAGGUGCUGUGCAGCAGGGGUCGUGGGUGGGGCUCUUGGCCCCAGGAUGACCGGCUUCUGCAGCCCCUCAGUCCCCGAUCCCCCCUCCCCACUGCGCCUCUGGUCUCCACUCCCCAUAAAGCACACAGUAUGGGAACCCCACAUGCCACCUGCUAGGCUGCUCUUGGGGGUGGGGGGGGCGGUGAGGGGCAGAGCAAACAUUUACGGGGCCCUCACCGUGGGCCUGCAAGUCGCCACGGUGCCCACAUCUCACAGCUGGGGCCACUGGGGCUGGGGCAUCCCAGCUGGUCCCCGAGCCUGUCUGCAGGGUUUAAAGGCCCUGCCACCGGUGGUGUGGCCCCCUGCUGUACCAGGAACCCGGUUGGUACCUUCCCUUUUCUCCAAGUUUUUUUUCUCUGAUUAUAAAAUAAUCCCUGUUGGGGGUAGAACAUUAGUAAAAUAAAGAAAAGCAGAAAAGAAAAGAAAAAUCCCCUGCAGUCUCCCACCCCCGUGGGUCUUCUGCGUAUUUCUCCCUGCGUGACUCUUCUGGGCAUUACCAGAUCCUUCCCUGCGUUCCUGGCCUCAAGCCACCCAAGAAGCUCUGCCUGACCCCCCUGCCCAGUCUCCCCCAGUCCUGGGGCUCCCACCCGCCCCCUUCCUGCCUUGGGCCUGGGGCGUGUCCAGCGGGCAUCUCCACCGCUGAGUGGGAGCUGUCAGUGGUCUGAGGCUGGGGCCCACGGCACCCAGAGCCUCCCGCGGAGGAGGGAGCCGGCCUCUGCCCUGGCAGUCGUCAGGCCGAGGUAAGGGAUGCGGGUGGAGGAGGUGAGGAGGCGGAAACCAGGUGGGACGAGGCCGCCCUGCUGGCCGGUGGGGGCCCCGUCCCGGCCUGAGAGUGGCCGUCGCCUGCUGGGGAAAAGCUCAGUGGCUGGUGCUCUUCCCGCACCCCCAGAACCCCAAGGGAGCCGAUCAGCACCCAGUGGGAGGCAGGGGCCGGGGCUGGGGUGGGCUGCCCGCAGCCCCUCGCCCACCUUCUCGGGCUGGAGGCACGUCAGCGGACGCCCGGUGCGGCCUUGCUGGGCCUGCGUCCUGUCAGUUACAUGGUUACCAGGGCCUCCCUUCCUGCCCCGCCCUCGGAGCACCCGGGCAGUGCUGGCUGAGUUAUUUUUAGCUCCGCCUGACGCCAGGGUUGCCUUUCACCUCGGAGAUCAGAGGGAGAUCAGAGGCCUCGGGCUGGGCGGCCAGCGCCCUUGACCCUGUACUUUUACGGACUGGCUGGGCAUAGAGGGAGGCAGAGCAAGGGGGGUGCCUUCCUUCCUGGUGUGGCUGAGGGCAGGGGCCCAGGGGUCCCAAGCCUGGGGGUGCGGCCCGGGGAGCCCGAAGCUGGGGUGGGGGUCAGAAUCCUCAUUCUUCAGGAGACUGAGGCUGAGGCCUGAGCAAGUGGA